AGGUGACAAUUAGACAACUGACAACUCCAACUCUAGUGUACAGUAAUUAAAAAUGGGAGGAUAACAUUCCUGGGAAUAACGACAGUCUGUCCGUUCAACAAUGAUUGAGUACAAAAAUUCGCGAGUGAUCGUGUUAACCGCUAUUUCUUGUGUAUCCAUAUCAUAUUGUAAAACCUAGAUAAUCAUUAUAGAGGUUGAGAAUUAAAUCAAGUCAAUUGCACGUGGAUUUUGUGAGCUCUGGUGUUUAAUUGUUCCUUCUGGGAUUCAAUCGUGUCGAGAAAAUUUCAGGAUCUCCCAGGGCCAAGUGGGAGGUUAUUGACAUUGUUUUGGGGUCCAUGACCACUGCAUCACAAUUCCUUUUAUCCAGAAAGCCUGAGGAUAUUCUUUCUAGGGCGGUGAACCACUGAGUAACAAUUGAGUGCCGGUAAUUGUUAAUUUGUCGACAAGUUAGAGAUUGAAGAUUGAAAAAUGAAGCUGGAGGGAAAUAGUUCGAGGGACGAUGAUGCCAAUGGAAUUCUUCUGGUGCCGAGGAAAGAUUUACCUGUGAGUGUUGAGAUUGUUCCGGCCCAAACAAGAACAAUUACACAUCUGCCAAAAAGACCACCUGUGGAUCUUGCAUUCACAGAUUUAACGUACACCGUCCGAGAGGGCCGAAAAGGAAAUGUAAAGGCAAUUCUAAAAUCCGUGAGUGGAAGACUGAGAUCCGGCGAGCUGACAGCCAUAAUGGGACCGUCUGGUGCUGGAAAGUCAACUCUUCUGAAUAUCCUGACAGGAUACAAGACUACUGGAAUGGAAGGCAGCAUCACAAUGAAUGGCGACGAGAGGAAUUUGAGUACUUUCAGGAAGCUGUCAGCCUACAUAAUGCAAGACAAUCAGCUCCAUGGAAAUUUAACAGUGGACGAAGCCAUGAGAGUGGCAGCAAGUCUCAAAUUGAGUUCUAAAAUUCCGAGAUUUGAGAAGGAUGAAGUUAUUGAAGAAAUUCUGCAGACCCUGGGUCUUGCUGAACAUCGACGCACAAUGACCUCAAAUCUCUCCGGAGGUCAGAAAAAAAGACUCUCGAUAGCCCUGGAGCUAGUCAACAAUCCCCCAAUAAUGUUCUUCGACGAGCCCACGAGUGGAUUGGACUCGUCGUCAUGCUUCCAAUGCAUUUCCCUUCUGAAAACAUUAGCGAGAGGUGGAAGAACAAUAAUUUGCACAAUUCAUCAGCCCAGCGCUCGAUUAUUCGAGAUGUUUGACUCUCUAUACACAUUGGCAGAGGGUCAGUGUGUCUAUCAGGGCUCGACAACACAAUUAGUUCCAUUUUUGAGAUACCAGGGACUCAAUUGUCCGAGUUAUCACAAUCCCGCAUCAUUCAUAAUCGAGGUCUCGUGUGGAGAAUACGGCGACAACAUCGCCAACUUGGUGUCAGCUAUAAAGAAUGGACAACACGAUAUUCGUGAAGGCUAUCCAUUUCCAGAGUCCAAGGCAGAGAACUUGAACAAUUCUAUUCAAGUAGUUAAUAAGUUCUCUAAGGAUGCCGAGGCUGUUGGGACUAAAGUACUCACGGGUAAAAAUGAUGUCAGUAAUAUUAAGGAGAAGUAUCUGGAUGAGAAGACCAAUGUUAAUGGAGGAAUCAUUCACGGAUUUGCCACCACUGAUAUUACGAAACGCAACGAACUGGCGAUACCCAUUGAUAUGGAGAAGAAAGACAAUCUCGAUGCAACCGAUACACUCUUGGGGGAAGUCAUUGAACAGCCACGGAGAUAUCCCACCUCGGAGUUUAUACAAUUCUGGGUAGUUCUCAAGAGAACAUUGCUCUUCAGUAGACGUGACUGGACUCUCAUGUAUCUUCGACUGUUUGCUCAUGUCCUCGUGGGAUUCCUCAUUGGCGCACUUUACUACGAUAUUGGUAACGAUGGGGGCAAGGUUCUCAGUAACUUGGGAUUCCUCUUCUUCAAUAUGUUGUUCCUCAUGUACACAUCGAUGACGAUAACCAUUUUGUCAUUUCCACUGGAAAUGCCCGUGCUCAUGAAAGAAAACUUCAAUCGAUGGUAUUCCUUGAAAUCGUAUUAUCUGGCUAUAACUGUCUCAGAUCUUCCGUUUCAGACAAUCUUUUGCAUAAUGUACUUGGUGAUCGUGUACUUCCUGACGAGUCAACCCCUUGAGGCGGAGAGAUUCUUCAUGUUCCUGGGUGCAUGCCUCCUGAUCUCUUUUGUGGCCCAAUCAGUGGGUCUGGUGGUGGGUGCAGCGAUGAACGUGCAGAAUGGAGUGUUUCUGGCUCCAGUGAUGUCAGUUCCGUUUCUCCUCUUCUCAGGAUUCUUCGUCAGCUUCGAUUCGAUACCAGUCUAUCUCAGAUGGAUAACAUAUCUCAGUUACAUCCGAUACGGGUUCGAAGGGACAGCCCUCGCAACAUACGCAUUCGAUCGUCCAAAGCUUAAGUGUCAUCAGCCAUACUGUCACUUCAAAGAUCCAUCGACAACUCUGGAGGAGCUUGACAUGGUGAAUGCUAGCUUUACCCUCGAUAUUCUCGCUCUGUUGCUUAUUUUUGUUGUGCUCAGAGUCGCUGCCUACAUGUUCCUCCGCUGGAAGCUCAAAUCCGCUCGAUAAUCCGAGGAUUAUCGAAAUAUAUUCAACGAACAAAUUAGAAAAUAAUUAAUUUCUUCAUUAUUUUUUAUCGAGAUGUUGAUGGGAAAAUCUUAGAAUGGAUGGAGUCACUCACGUGGUCAAUAAUUCAGUGAGAAAAACUCAUAGAGUUCAUGGUACGGGUUGAUUAUCGGUUAAUUAAUUAAUGUGUGAUUAUUGAUCGAUUAGCUCGUUUUUAUCUUGAAGUAAUCUAAUUUAUUUUAUUUUAUCUUUAAUUCACUCGGUUUAAGACUCAAUGGUGAACCUGGGGAGAUGGUACGUCAGUCAGGGUAUAAUUGAUUUGUUUGUUAAGAGAUUAAUUGUUUAAAUACUAAUUCAAUUAUUCGGGAGAGGAAAUAUUAUUCGACGUUUUCUUUUGGAGUUUCUUUUUCAAUUAAUCAUUUGUCUCUCUGAGGGUGAAAAAUUAAUUGCAGAUGUGCCUUGAUGUUUUAUUCCGUUUCAUGAAUGCAUUAUGAACGAUUGGCAACGAUUUUUGAGUCGUCGAUGGCUGUGAAGGUCUUAAAUUGUAAAUAUUCCUCGUGAAUUCAAAUUAUUAUUUUUCGUUGAUGGAACAAAAUUCUCGCGCACUCGCAAUUACUUCUCUUGCCAAUCCCUGAACACGUCAGGGAGGAAAUAUUCGAGCCAAAUACAUUAUACUAACUCCCAAAACACUAUCAAUUGUUUAUAAUUUUUUUAAAUACGUAAUUGAAUCAGGUUUACGUAAUUGAUUGUGGAAUCACUCGAAUGAUUCCGGGGCGAUGCAAAAUUGUAUUUAUGGAAUUGUUAUUUUUAUGGUUAAUCCGUGAUUAAUUGCCAGGUUUAUCAACCAAUAUUUGAGAGGGCGUAUUCACGAAAAUGUUGAUCAAGAUGGUGAACACACUAAUAAGGCAAUUUAUCCGCUACUACGAGUAAUUGCUGUAUUUUGUAUAGGAUAUUUGUUACGAAUAAAGUUUCGAUUUUUUUGAAAAUA